CCGGGCGUGCGUGCCGCCGUUGAUCCGGUGCUGCAGUGAGGAGGUGGUUCUAGCCUUGUUGUGUGUGAGUGUGUGUGUGUAUGUGUGUGUGUGUGAGUGUGUGUGUGAAUGUGUGUGUGAGUGAGGGAGUGAGUGAGUGAGUGAGUGAGCGAGCGAGCGAGCGAGCGAGCGUGUGCGGCCCGGCUUGUUGUUGUCCCUGACUUCCCCUCCCCUCCACCCCUCCCCCUUUCCCAGCCGCCGCUGCAGUGGCCGCUCCCUGGGCCGUAGGAAAUGAGCGAUAACGAUGACAUCGAGGUGGAGAGCGACGAAGAGCAACCGAGGUUUCAAUCUGCGGCUGACAAACGAGCGCAUCAUAAUGCACUGGAGCGGAAGCGCAGGGACCACAUCAAAGACAGCUUUCACAGUUUGCGGGACUCUGUCCCGUCACUCCAAGGAGAGAAGCAACAGGCAUCCCGGGCCCAAAUCUUAGAUAAAGCCACAGAGUACAUCCAGUAUAUGAGAAGGAAAAACCACACACACCAGCAGGAUAUUGAUGACCUCAAGCGGCAGAACGCGCUACUGGAGCAGCAAGUCCGUGCACUGGAGAAAGCGAGGUCAAGUGCCCAACUGCAGACCAACUAUUCUUCUUCAGACAGCAGCCUCUACACCAAUGCCAAGGGCAGCACCAUCUCUGCCUUCGAUGGGGGCUCAGAUUCCAGCUCUGAGUCAGAGCCUGAAGAGCCCCAAAGCAGAAAGAAACUCCGGAUGGAGGCCAGCUAAACAGAGCAGGCCAGCAAUAAAAAAACUGUCUGUCUCCUCCAUCAUCUCCUCUCCCAGUUCAUCGUUAGAUCCCUCCAAGCUGUUUUAAAGACUCUUUAUUUUCUUUUCUUUUUUUAAAAAGUAGAAGCUCUUGGACUGCAGCUUUCAUCUUCUGCCUUUUCCCUUCAGCAACCUUCUUCCCCCACCAUGAAUUUUUAAACCAAAACAUCCCAACUUGGCAGCUUUUUCUGUGGAGGACAGACGGACACACCUCUGAGCACAUGCUGCCCCUGACCUCCCCAGCCAGCUCCUCCCACCUUGUUGGGCAUCAUUGCCCAGGUGACUUCUCUGCUCACAGGUCUCCUUUCCCCCUUCCGUACGUCUUCCUUGUCCCCCCCUCAUUUGAUAAACUUUGUGAAUCUGUGAACUGCUCAACUUUUAGAAGAUGACCUGUUUGGAAUAAUCAGAAUUAUCCAGAAUUUUUUUUAAAGGAAAAACUUUUUUUUUUCCUUAAAAAAAAUUAUUUAUCACUCCUGCUGAAGGGUUAGGUUGGUGGGGGGGUUUUGUGGUGGUGAGGGUAAAUGGGAACAUCUAUGCAGUCUGGUGUCUUGGGUGUAUUUCACUCCUGCCUCUCCCAGCUAAGCUACAUGGAGUUGGGAGGUUCAGCCAGCUUUUUUAUUUUAAUUUUUUUUGCCUGAGUUGCCAGCAUUCAGGAGGGUCAUGUGACACCAUGUGGUAUGUAUUUGGAGACUGCAGUAGGGAAGCUUCAGCCACCAGGGGAUUGAUUUUGGGGUAGGGGGAGACAGAAAUAGAGGGAGUGGAGAAGGGGGAGGGUUAGGGUUGGGGGAGGAGUGCAUUUUUUUGUAUUAAGGGCAAGUGAUAAUGUUUUAAUAUUUAUUUCCUGCUACUGAAAUUUGAAUCCAAGUGGACUCUCCCUAUUUUGAUGAUGUCGGUAUUGCAAAGCGACAGAUUCAUAAAGUAAUGAUCAAAUUUUCCUUUGUGUGUGUUUCUAAGAAAUAGAGCCAACUGAUUUUGUAUAUAAUUAUACCAAGAGCAUCUUACCUGGUACUAAAAACCACAGACUAGUUCAGGCCCCUUCUGUUUCUUUUUCCCUUCUGUUUUGGGACCUCUCUCCCUUAUAUGACAUGGCCCUGGUUCUGGCUGUGGUCAACAAACAGGUUCCGUGAAGGGUUUGUGUGUUAAGCCUCUUUUUUCUUUUGUUUUUCUUUCUUUUUCUUUCUUUUUUUUUUUGUCUCUACCCUACCUUGUUCUGGCGUUUGCUGAUCUCUAGUGUGUACUAUGUAGUCUCUGUCCAUGUUUAAUUCCAUUCCAUGGAAAUAAAAAGUAUGUUGUACAUACUGCCGAAGAACUGUCUUGCAAGUUAAGGCUUCCCCCUUUACUAUAAGACUAUAAAUAAAAACUUAUUUUAUCCUUA